AAUAUUAAGUGUAUGUAGUGUGUAUGUUUAAAGAUCGUAUUUACUGUAAAGAAAGAAGUAUUGGUACUCUUUAAAAUACACUUAGGGAUUAAACAAUACAUUCACUUUCUCACACCAUAUAAUUAGGUCAGAUACUAAUAUUACAAUAACCCAUUCUUAAAAAUAAAUACAUGUUAUUACUUCCAACUCCAUUGUUGAAGUUUAUUUCUCGUGUCCAUAACGCCCCUCCCUCACAACGGUCACGUGGUUAAAGUUAUGUACCACGUGAACAGCGUGUCACUUUUAGUACAACAAGUAAAGUGUGGAUGGAUAAGAGAUGUGUCUGUUGUUAUUUUCAGACUCCCAGACUUUGCAUAAGUAUUCCCUUAGUCAGUUAGUCAUUGAACUUUCCAUUUUUAACUCUGGCUCGUAUUCACAAGCACAGACAAACUCCAGAAGCACGCACUUGCUGUGUCCAUAUUUUUCAAACACAGUUAGCCCCGGCUACGAGCGAUUUCCACUUUCCCCCCUACACGGAGCUAACGGCUACGCUGUCACACAGACAUGGAUUGGCAGCCGGGAACUGGAGCCUCGGUUUAUCCCGGUGAAGAGCUCAGUAGUGAGGCAGCUUUAGCACAGAGGCUACGCGGUGGUGUUUUUCACCAACAGCAGCCACCUUUGUCUCGUCUUUGUGACUGUCCAAUGGCAACACUGUGUCAGAGUCAACAGCGCUGUGUCAAAGCCUCCAUCGUCUCCAGCUGGAAACUGGCCGAGGCCCAGGACCAGCUAGGAUCACUUGGCGUUCACAGCUCCGAGUCUCUGGAGCAGGAACGGGCUCGGACACUGGCCUGUCCAUCCGAACUCACACACACUGAGGCCGAGUGGCAUCGUAAAGAGAGCAUGCUGGGAGGUCAGGAGGCAAACCACAGCCCUGACCUGGGAACUGUCAGAAGCUGGGAUGUUUUUGAUAAGAGUGUCAUUAACGUCCAUCAUCAGCCGGUCAGCAUGGAUCAGGACAAGUGCAAUACAUUUCACCAAAAGUAUGACAAAGAGAUUAGACAUUUUGGUAUGCUGAGGCGAUGGGACGACAGUCAGCGCUUCCUUGCGGACAUGCCUCAGCUCAUCUGUGAAGAAACAGGCAGUUACUUGAUCCUGUGGUGUAUGAAACUACAGCAAGAGGGGAAGGAAGCACUGAUGGAGCAGGUAGCUCACCAGGCCGUGGUCAUGCAGUUCAUUCUGGAGAUGGCCUCAAACUCUCAGCAGGAUCCCAGAGGCUGCUUUAGACAGUUCUUUCACAAAGCCAAAGAGGGACAGGGCGUCUACUUAGAAGUCUUCCACACAGAACUUGAUGCCUUCAAACACAGAGUGAGAGAAUGUGCAGCCAAGUGUAGAGAUGAUGAUCUCAACAGUUUGGAGCAGCAGAAUGUGAACACAAACUGCAAGUUCGAACCCAAAGACUCUGUGGCAGGAUUCCCCGUGAAUCGUUGUUUAGAGGGCGGACUGUGGACAAGUACAGGCAGGUGGACAAAAGACGAGGCCACAGAAACAGAGGACAUUCGGAUGAUGGAGACCUCGUAGCCCACGUAGAGGGAGCCGCUGCUUCACUUGCAUCUUCUCUCCAUCCAGCAAAUACAGACACCGCCGGCUUUCAGCAGCACAGCAGUGCCGUAAACAGCAAUACAGUACAGACGCAGACAGACAAAUGGUCAGUCCACAACACUGCAGUCGGUGCAGGAUCUGCCAGGAGUAGUGUUUUUACCAUUUCACAGCGUUUGCAGCAGGUUGUUUGACAGAUGGAGGUCUGAGAUAAAGGCUGCUUACAUACACAAACUGCAACCUAGGCUGUAUCCAUAGGAGAGGUUUGUGUGUCUGUGCGCGUGCAUGCGUUUUAUGUGUGAAGGCAUCUGUCUGAGUCACUUCAAGCAGGCAGUAAACAGUCUCUCAGAACAAAUACUUCAGCUGGAGGCCAAUCAGAUGAAAGAGCCGACACUGGUUGAAUAAUCGCUACGUUAUCAUCAGUUAAAACCCAGAGCUGGCUCUUAGCAUACGAUACACAGGCAGUCGCCUAUGUAUUGUCUAGGUCAGAGGUCUGCAACCGGUGGCUCCCGGUCCAUAUGCUGCUCUUCAUCCCCUUUGCAAUGACUACACGAAGAAUAAUGUUUGGUAUUUGUUGACCAAACAUUCACGACUAAUACAGUAGAUACCAGUGGUUGCUGUAAUGUUUCAUGCCAUGUUUUAUCUUUCAUACAGUGUUUCCACAGAAAUCAAAGUUGAGCCAUUUUCACAACACUCACACUUUAAGCAGCACUGCUGGGAGAGUUGUAAUAGUCAUCUUGUGUGUUGUUUUUUUCCUAAUCUAUAAGAGAACAAACACUCAUGCUUCCUUUGUAUAAUUCAGUAUAAUUCUGUAAUAUGACUACAGCAUUUGAAAAAUUAUGCACGGCACAAUAUGCGUCAUCCAGAGGCUGGAACUCUUGUGUGGCUCAUGAUCUAUUUUAUUUAGUGGUAAAAUGACUGCUUAAUCACUGACAUUUGAAGGGCGAGAGGGGGCGCCAAACUAUAAUUUCGCCUGGGGCUCUGAAAUGCUUAGAGACGGCUCUGGUUAAACCCACGUGUGAUGCACCUGUAGGCAGAUGAUUUUUUAAAUACAGGUUUUCCUGCUUUUUUCUGUUCUCAAAAACAUUGAAAUCAUUUCAAAGUACAAAAACUACUGUGUAGAGCUGUCGAAAUCAUGUCUGGUCAACAGGUGGCAGUAAUACUUCCCGUGAAGCUUUGCUAGCUAAAUCAGAAAUGCAGAUAAACAAGAGCUGCACCUUAAAGAAAGGUAGAUAUAUUUGUUUGGGCAGUAUUUGAAGACAUAUUGCAAAAAUACAACAUUAAAUGCUAAGUAUGUAAGAAUUUUGAGUCAGGAUUAUUAAUCAAUUAGCAUGGAGCUCUGCCACCCCUAAUCUCUAGGGGGCAUUGUAAUGCUAGCAGUGGUAAAAGUGCACAAUAUGCUGCUGUACAAAGCAUAUGCUUGCUUUUUGCAAUAUAAAUGUAACAUGAAUUUUGUUCUCUUGGUAGCCAAAGCACUCAGAUGUGAUGCACUUGUACUGCAGAGUUCAAAAUGGGAACGUACUGUAUCAUCAUCCACGUGGAAGCAGAAAAACAAACCACAGGGUUGCAGAGAAAAGCUAUAUGAGUGGAUGAAUUCAAACUAAAGCUUAUAAUCUUUGCAUUAGUGACCCUUAACAUUAGUUGCUACAGUUGCAUCCGUAACCAGUAGAGUGCAUCUGGUUUCAUGGCCUUCCAUAUACACUUCAUCCUCAUCCUCUACCUACGACAUUUUGUGUUUGCGUCACCGUCUCCCAUAAAUUAAUUAAAAGAAACUCUUGCUCCAUUCUUCCGACAUAUGAAAAAAAUUGCAUUAGAGCUAGUUGGGACAAAUUUGUUGCCACACAGGAAGACGCCUUUGCUUACAUUCACUGGUUUCACACCAUACAUAGGAUUGUGCUACAUUAGCUUCCUUCUGUUUGUGUUGCUUUUUUUGGGCAUUUUCUUUCCUUCAUUAUGGCUCCCAAGCAUAAGUCUGACUCUACUGAAGCUUUGAUGUCCUAGAUCAGUGGUUCUCAAACUGUGGUAUGCGUACCACGAGUGGUACGCAGGGAAAAUCCAUAUUUUCACAUUUACAUUUUCAGUUGAAUAAACCUGAAACAUACCAUGCAAAAUAAUACAACCU